AUGACCCGCCCGCCGGUCGCUCCCUUAAAUCCCCGAGUCGAUGCGGUCUCUACGGCUUUCUUGCCUUCAGUCUUCUUCCCUGCGGAAGAAGCAGGCGAGUUGCACUUUGAGAGCGUUUCCAACUCUCUGCGGCAGCGGCCAGUCUCCAGUCGUCCCCUCUCGUGCGUGGGGCGGCGCGCAGGCUCGUCUCACGUGAUCAAGCCUGCUUCAACUGGCGGGCGCGAUGAACAGCCAUCGCGCGUCGCAAGACAAAAGAGGAAGGCCGACGAAACCCCGAAAAAAGGAGGCGCCUUCUCGGAGGAUUUCACACGAGAGGCCAUGGAACUCUACAAAGGAGGAGGUAGUUCGAUUGACGCAGCGCACGCGGAACUAAGGAACGGUGAGGAGGCCUUGGCAAAGGCUCGGACUCGUCUGGUUGGGUCGCGAGCCCAGAACUGCGCAAAAAGGAAGCUCGACUUGCGCAAGACACUGUCCCCGACAGUGGCACAGCACGACAAGACGGCCUUUACGGCUCAAAACAGGACACGAUUAUCGUGCCUCUCAGGAGAGGCGGGCUUGCGGUAUUAG